CACUCCGGAAUUUGGUGUGCGUGGUGGUGGCGAUGAUGUUUUGACUGCCGCGUCCAAUUUGUUGCAUUUUUCCGGUGCAAAAGUUGAGAUAAAGUGCGUAAAAAUACUGAAAAGCUGCGCGCGAUCACGUUGCGCAGCGAUUGAACCAGGCAACGUGCCAAAGUCCAACGGAAUUGGUCCGCAAAAGUUGAGUUGAAAAUUUCGGUAUUUUUUUUUUUGGCUGCCCCGCGAAAAUCAAUCAUCGAUUCCACCCCUGAAAGAGAACCGUCAUCAUCGUCGUCGCGCGUCGCCAUCUACUUUUCACGAAAUGUCUGUGCAAACGUCGUCGCCGUCGCGAAAGAAAGGAAAACAGUGAACCCGAAAAGUGAGCGACGGGUUUUCGCGGAUUUUCACGGUGGUCAUUCGGUCGCCGGAAGUGGAAACCGGUGGCAAAGUGUGCGUCCCGCUACCGGGCACCGUUUGCGACUGUUUGUCGGGUCGGAUCGUGGGGGGAAAGUGGUGAAAAACAGAUUUUUAAAAACUGAUAAAAGUUAGUUUUUGGUGAUUGAGGAAAACCGAAAAGAUACACACGCAAAUUCUGUCAUUAUCCAAGAGGAAUUGCCAGAACCAGCAGCAGGAGGAGGAGGAGAAGCAGAUUUGGAAGCAGGAGGAACAAGUUGAAGACACCUUUCUGCAAUUAUGGAACGAAUGGAGGUGGAUGAUUCGGUGGUCGACUUGAGUGUCGGAUCCGGUCGCGAUUCACUGUCCAUUACACCGGCCACGGCGCGCGAUCUUCGUGCGCUCACACAAAACUCGGGUUUGACGAUAACGCCAGCACUGCCUCCGUCAACGGCAGCCGCUCCAUCGCCGUCUUCCGCUCAGGCAGCCCAGUCAGCCACGUCCGGAAGUACUUCCCCCGUGCCGGGAAGACGCGUCCUGCGACCUCGUACGGAGCCAAAGUCGUACGCUGAAACGCCGGACAUUGUGCUGCUUCCGGCAAAGGUAAACGGAAGGUCGUACAACGGAGCCGCAGCUGCGGCCUUGUCCGAGUCCGAAGACGAUGAGAUGCCCGCGGCGCCGGUCUUCCCGAUCAAGGAGCUGACCGCGGCCGAAAUCUGGGAACGCGAGCGCGGCCUGCGCAAACUCCGCGAGGAACUCCGCAGCGAAGAAACCAAACUGGUGCUACUGAAGAAGCUCAAGCAGUCCCAACAGGUCAUGAUGAAGGAGAACCUGAUUGUGACGCCCAGCAAUGCCAACGCCAUGACCAACAACCCGCUGGCCGGCAUUCCGGCCGCUCUGACGAAGGGUUCGCUCAGCGUAACGCCGACGAACGCGAUGCCGCUGCCGGCGCACUCGAAAUCUUCCAAGGCCGUCACGGCCUCCCCGGUCAAGUAUGAGAUCCCGAUCAACAUCACGCCGGUGACGAAACCUCCGCAGCGGCAGCCGUCCCUUCCGGGGGGCGCAACGCUCACGCCAAGCACGCCCGGCCAACGUCUUCCGAUGGGGUUGUCCCGUGCCGGCUCGAACCUUACCAUCACGCCGUCGGUAACGAUUACUCCCACCAACGCCCCGUCCAGCAGCAAGCAGCGCAAUCUGCCCGGUGGCUCGUCACUGAUGAUGGGAGUCAGCAAUUUAAUGGAUGCUACUGCUUUGAAGGUGCAGUCCGGCCAGAUUAGCAACUCUGUUUCGAUCACCCCGGCGCCGUCGAUUCCGGCCCAGAUUAGCUGCACCACGGUGGAACCGAUCUCGUUGAAGCGCGAUCGUGACUCGAUGCGGGAAGAUCCCCAGUCGCAGGCUCAGCGCCAGGCGGCCGCCAAACUCGCCCUCCGGAAACAGCUGGAGAAGACGUUGCUUCAGAUCCCACCGCCCAAGCCGCCACCGCCGGAGAUGCACUUCAUCCCGAACCCGAGCAACACCGAGUUCGUGUACCUGCUCGGGCUCGAGUACGUCGUCGACUAUCUGACCAAGGACAAAAAGUCGAGCCCGCCGCAGCAGCCGUACCGCUGCGCCCAGUGCAAGAUCGACUUCACCCCGGUCUGGAAAUGGGAGAAACAGGGUAAACGAGGAAAUCCCACUUUUCAGAAUACCCCAGUUGGCAAGGAUCCCAAGGUCAUCUGCGAGCAGUGCGUAACGAGCAACGUGAAGAAGGCGCUCAAGGCCGAGCACACGAACCGCUUGAAGACGGCCUUCGUGAAGGCCCUCCAGCAGGAGCAGGAAAUCGAGGCUCGGUUGGCCACCCAGAGCAGUCCAUCGCCGGUGGACAUCCGUCCGACGCCCUCGUCCACGCCGACCAUGCGCGAACGCGAGCUGCUCGAGCAACAGCAGCAACAUCAGGCGGCGUUGCAAGCCCAACAGGAACGUCAGGCUGCCCAGGAGCGCCAGCGGGAGCAGGAACGUCAGGCUCAACAGGAGCGACAGGCUCAAGCGCAGGCCAAGCGCCAAAAGGAGCAAGAACUGCGCCACCAGCAGCUCCAACAACUCCAGCAGCAGCAGCUCCAACAGCAGCUCCAGCAACAACAGCUGCAACAGCUCCAGCAGCAACACCAGGAGCAACAGCAGCAACGUCACCACGCCCAGCUACAGCACGCCCACCUGUCCUCCCAGCCGUCAAAGUCCAAGACGCCUACGCCGACGCCGCGUCCCACGCCGACCCCGCCCAGCCAGCAGACCCCACCGCCGUCGUCCAGUUCGCGCUCGAGCCGCCACAGUGCCACGGCGAAUGCCGCGGCCGAAGCGGCAGCCGCCCAGCUUACGGCGCUGGCCGGUCUCGGCGGGCUGGGUCAGCUGGGCGCGCUCGGUGGUCUCAACCCGACGGCGGCCGCUGCCGCGAUGCAGGCCUUCCAGCAGCAGCUGUUCAGAGGUCUUCAGCAGAAUCUUUCCUCCGGGAAUCUCAACAAUCUGCAAGCUCACAUGAUGCAGUUUUCGCCGCUGCUGUACUCGUAUCAACUGGCCAUGGCCCAAGCUGCCGCCUCAAUUUCGGCAGCCGGAAAGGGUGGCGGGGGUAACAACAGCGGCGGAGGCGGUGGUGGCGGAGGAGGAGGAGGAGGUGGAAACAGCAACUCGAGUGCCGCUGCCGCCGCGGCCUCGCUGGCCGAGAUGCAACGGGCGAUGGAGCUGCAGCGCCAGUAUCUGGAGAUGAUGCCCCAGAGCGGACAGGGCCCGAGCAACAGCCGCCAGUCGAACUGGAAGUCUUAAGAAGAAGGGGGAGAAAGUGAGAGGACUCUUUUUUUGUACUUUUAAUCAUCAUUUGGUUCUGAUGUUGUUUUGAACACACACACAGAUUUGUGAGGUGCGGAGGCGACCGUUAUUUUGUAGAAGUUUUACUCGGUUUAGCGUAUCGAUUGACUAUUUUAUAAGUACGCCCAAUGUUGUUUUGCUGGCAGGAUCGAAAGUGACGGUAGACGUUUAAAGUUUUACUUUUUAAACAAUGAGUGAGAUACAAUUAGUAGCGUUUUCAGCACACAAUCGAUUUUGUUUUUUCCUGUGUCAAUCAGGUUUUGAUUAUAUUAUUUAUAGAACUAAAGUUAAACGAGUGGGCGAGAAUCUAAGAAAAACGUACACCCUCCGGAUAUUUUAAGAAAUUGUGAAUUCAUAAAAAAAUAUGUUCAGACAAGACACUUCUUUGUUAGUGAAAUCAUGCUAAAUUUGAAAUAUCUAUAAAUAUCAACAAUCUUUGAAUUUUCAAUCGCUUUUAUAAAAACAAAUAAAAUGUUUGAUACGAACUUCAAAAUUCUUCGUAAGAAACUGCAAUUUAUCAAAAAAGAAUGUCAAGCAAAUUUAAUUAAGCAGUUUCAAAAACUUCAUGGUGAGACCAAAACUUUAACAAAUUUUUAUUUAAAUUAUGUUCACCUGUUUAAAUAAUCAUUGCUCAACUAAAAUUUAAAACAGUGGUAUUAUUGCUCAUAAUAAAACAUCUAAAUGCAACUUUAUCUGCAACAAAAGCUCCCUCGCCUCACAAGACUACAAAACUGAAAUAAAAUCAAAAGACUCCCACGGUUGGCAGGUUGGCUUUUGUUACAGAUGACAAGCAGCGAAGAUAUUUUAGAAAAGUUCCUUGCGACAGAGGCACCGACGACGGAUUAAUGAGAUCGGAAAUAAAUGACAAAACAAAAAUCUGGCAAUUUUGCCAAGGCAAGCAAAAUACGUAUUCAAAUUUUAAGCAAAUUGCUAUCUACGCCAAAACGAAGGUACCGCUCGGACACAAAACGUUGUCACAGACAAAUUUCAACGUUUUGUGUCCUUGCGGGCCCACGGCAAAACAAAUAAAGCAAAUCUUUUAAUGGAAUUUAGUGAUUUGUAUCUGGUUUGGUUUGCAUAUUUUGCGUGUAAAAGCAACAAGAAAGAGAGACGUAAAAAAACUAUUUUGGAACUGUAAAAUUUGUAAUUGAGGUUGAACGUUUUUGGACAACAAGAAAAAAAAACUUAAAAGAUUAUAGAAAUUCAGAGUUUAGGCGUAAAGUAAAAAAUUCUAACGUAAUGAUAAGGCAGCGAAACAAACAAACAAAAAAACACUAAAUUUAAGGCGAACGAAGAAACCAGCGAUAGCGAAAAUUUUAGAAGAUCUAGGGAAACGAAAGUUGUGAAACACACUCUUGUAGGUAUUUUCAGUUUUCAAGUUGAGUGGUGCGAAUCUCAGUUGCAAAUGUAAAAAAAGAAAACAAUUUCGGCAGCGAAAAAAAAAAAGAUUUUUAAGAAAAAUAAUUGCAAAUUGGUUCCGGUUCUCGUUUAAUUUGGGCCCCAGCAAGUGGCUGACAAAAGAUUUUCGGACAAUGAAAGCAAUUUUUAAGUGCUCGUAUCAUUUUUUUUUUAUUCUAAAGUAACUUAAACAAAUAAAAGAAUAACUGUUCUUAUCUUAUGGUAAGUGUAUUGAAACUAUUCGUAGAAGGUAAUUGGCCUUUCUGAAGGAUCAAUAAAAACCAUUGCAAUCCUAGAUC